AUGAUGAUUUUACGGUGCGGGCUCUUUCAACCGCCGUGUAUCUCCGCCGUGAGAGCUAGAUGUUUCGCCGGAGAAACUGCCGACACUGGAAUUCUCUUCCGAGAGAAGCUAAUUUAUCUACAGGACCUCAACGUUGAUCCUCACAAGGCUCUCCGAGUGAAUCCAUCUCUCCGCGCUGCUCCAAUCUCCUCCGUCCUCUCCGUCGAGACUCUUCUCUCUUCGACCGGACUCUCAAGACCAGCAGUCGGUAGGAUUCUCGAUAUGUUCCCCGAUUUGCUAACCUCCGACCCCGAAUCCGAAAUCUUACCGGUCCUGCGCUUCUUAUCCGACGAGAUCUCGAUUUCCGAGCAAGACAUCCCGAAAUCGAUCUCUCGCUGCCCUCGAUUGCUCAUUUCCUCGGUCGAUUUCCAGCUCCGUCCGGCAUUGGCGUUCCUCGAAACCCUAGGAUUCGUCGGACGCGACGCGAUUUCGUCGCGAAACACGGUUCUGCUCGUGUCUAGCGUGGAGCGAACCCUAAUCCCCAAAAUCGAGUUCCUCGAAGAAGGAUUAGGGUUUACGAGAGAAGAGGUGGCGAAGAUGGUUGUGAGGUCUCCGGCGUUGUUGACUUACAGCGUGGAGAACAAUUUAGCUCCGAAAGUUGAGUUCUUCUUGGAGGAGAUGCGUGGAGACGUGAAGGAGCUGAAACGUUUUCCUCAGUAUUUUUCUUUUAGCUUGGAGAGGAAGAUAAAGCCGAGGCAUAGAUUGCUUAAGGAACAUGGGAUUUUGAUGCCAUUGUCGGAGAUGUUGAAGGUUAGUGAUGGACUGUUUAACAAUUGGCUUUUAGAGCUACGGCUUAGGUCUGUUGAGAGGAGAUGUUGA